GUUUGAGGUGACAGAGAUGGAAGCGCGGCGGAGGAAGAGUGGAAAAUGGGGAUACAUAUGGCCGAUGUGGGUGGCGAUGUUGCUGCACCUUCUCGCUCUUCUUCUUUUCACCAGAGGCUUUCUCCUCACCAGAACCGAGCUUCCUUAUUAUAGCCAUUGCUCUGACGUGUCACACUCACCAUGCUUUCCUUCUUCUUCUUCUCAUAAUGGAUCUUGUUGGACCAAACCUGCAAUUAACCGUCUCGUCGUUAUCGUUCUCGAUGCUCUCAGGUUCGAUUUCGUUGCUCCCAGCACCUUCUUUGCAGAAUCAAAACCUUGGAUGGAUAAAUUACAAGCGUUGAAGAAUGUCGCAUCUAAGCGAUCCUCCUCCUCCAGGAUUUUCAAAGCCAUUGCUGAUCCACCUACCACCAGUUUGCAGCGCUUGAAGGGCUUGACAACUGGUGGACUUCCAACUUUUGUUGAUGUUGGUAAUAGCUUUGGUGCGCCGGCAAUUGUUGAAGAUAACUUCAUAAAUCAGUUGGUUCAAAAUGGGAAGAAAGUUGUUAUGAUGGGGGAUGAUACGUGGACGCAGUUAUUUCCUCAUCAUUUUGAAAGAUCGUAUCCAUACCCUUCUUUUAACGUCAAAGAUCUUCAUACGGUUGACAAUGGAUGCAUUGACCACCUGUUUCCAUCCCUAUAUGAAGAAGAUUGGGAUGUUCUUAUUGCUCAUUUUCUAGGAGUGGAUCAUGCUGGACAUAUAUUUGGUGUCGACUCCACUCCAAUGAUAGAAAAAUUGGAGCAAUACAAUAAUAUUAUUGAGAGAGUUAUUGAAGUGCUGGAAAAUCAGUCUGGACCUGGGAGCUUACAUGAAAAUACUAUGCUUGUGGUAAUGGGUGACCAUGGACAAACACUAAAUGGUGAUCAUGGUGGUGGAAGUGCUGAAGAGGUGGAAACUGCCAUUUUUGCCAUGAGUUUUAAGAAGCCUCUUUCUUCCGUGCCACCAGAAUUUGAGACUUAUUCCUGUCAACUAGAUCUGGAUGGGAAGAAUGUUUGUAUCAGCUCCAUGCAACAGCUUGACUUUGCAGUAACAAUGUCAGCAUUGCUUGGCAUACCUUUUCCUUAUGGAAGCAUUGGUCACAUCAAUCCUGAACUAUAUGCUUUAGGAGCAGGUGGUUGGAAUUUGGAUGCCUCUCAGAAGCUGUCAGAGUUAGAUAUCUGGAUGCAGGAUUAUGCUAAUGUGCUGUGCAUAAAUUCUUGGCAGGUGAAAAGAUAUGUAGAUGCUUACUCAGCUUCAUCAGCUGUUGGAUUUUCCCAUGAUGACUUAUCCCGAAUAGCAAGUGUUUAUGCUCAAGCAGAGAAUCAUUGGUUGCACUCCACCAAAAAGCUUCUGCUUGAUAGACACAAUGGCAGUGAUACAUUAGUGCCUGUACUUAAGAGGCAAAUUGAUGCAUACUUCAAUUUUCUAGCAACAGUUGCUGAGUUAGCUCGGUCUAAAUGGACUGAGUUUGAUUUAAACAUGAUGGGGUCUGGCAUUGGAAUCAUGUUAAUAUCACUUAUAUUUCAAGUUUUUGCCAUUUUAAGGGGGAACACGCAGCAUGGUGUAACUUUGUCAUCAUUUGGUGAUUCUUGGAUUAUCAUUCCCUCAACUUUUACAUUCUUUUUAGUGGGAAUACGUGCAUGCAGUUUCCUUUCUAACAGUUAUAUCCUUGAGGAAGGCAAAGUAGCAAAUUUUCUUUUGAGCACAUCUGGGAUUGUGGCAUUACGUCAAUCACUCAUCAAGGAGAAGCUGCUAAUUGAAAGCUUUGGGUUCCUUCUUUUGAGCACAUUUUGCCGAUUUUCCAUUGAAGUUGGGCUGUCCAAGCAGGCUGCCACAUCUGCUUUCAUGAAAGACAACACUUCAUGGAUCCUCAACAUAGGCUCUGAUUUACCUGUAUGGGACUAUGCAGCUGAAGUUGUACCUAUGCUAGUUCUGAUUCUGUUGGCAUUAUGGCUUUACAAGGCCACCAGUGGCAGCUUCUUUUAUUGGCCAUGGAAUUAUGUCAUACUGGGUACUAUCUUGAGUUAUAUGCUAAUAAUUGCGCAUUGGGUGACAGACAGUAAUAGAUUUGGUGUAGCACUGGUCCCUGAAAGCAUUGGAAGAAAUUAUAUUCCUAGAAUCGUCUAUGCUAUUGCUUUAGGACAGUUGUUAUUACUGGCAUUUGGUCAACUAUUUAAGGAUAACUGUUUAGAUUGCAAGACAAGUGUAGUUGCAAAAACAAUGGCCAUGUUAUCUGCUUGGAGUUCAACUGUCAUUCUUCUUUCAGGAAAACAGGGUCCCAUGAUUGCUUUUGCAUCCAUAGUUGGAGGUUAUUGUAUUAUGAGGUUGAGUAAUAUAGAAGGUGGUAAGGAUGGACCUCACAGAAGUUUUUCUGUGAUGCAAUGGAGCCUCUUUGCCACAUGUCUCUUUUUCUGCAGCGGCCACUGGUGUGCUUUUGAUGGUCUCCGCUAUGGUGCUGCAUUUAUAGGGUUUGAAGAUUUUAUGCUUGUUCGCCAAGCCAUCCUCCUUGCAAUUGAUACCUUUGGUUUUUCUAUCAUCCUUCCAGUAUUUGGACUUCCGUUUCUUGUAGCAACGAAGUAUCAGCCUAACCUAGGAAAACAUUUUCUUUUCACACAAUUAUCUCAAAUAUAUACAACCUAUGGGCUCAUAACAGCAAUUAUGACAACUUUUACAAUAUUAUGUGUCACAAUUCAAAGACGGCACUUGAUGGUUUGGGGUUUAUUUGCUCCGAAGUUUGUUUUCGAUGUGUUUUAUCUCAUUCUUACAGAUGUCUUGAUUUGUUUGGCCUCAAUUUACUAUUUUGGUCAAGGGGGUGAUGAUCCACAACUGAAAUCAUCAAGUUGCUGAAGAAUAUAUUGCAUACUAUUGUCAUUUUACAUUUUUUUUUAAAUAUAUGCUUUUAAGUUUCCAUAGCUCUAUACUAUCUAUUUACUUUAGAAUGACUCCUGAUUUAUUUGAGCUUUUCUGUUUGACAUAGUGAAACUGUGAAAGCAUAUUGGGGCAUAGGGACUUCAAUUUGUAAU